AUGUGUGGCAUCGGACUGAUUGUCACUGGAGUGGAAUUUAGCUGCGGGAUCUCGGCUUCUCGAUCAAAGGAGACGCCUUGUCUGGAGGAUUUACUCGCCGCAUUGCGAAGGCGAGGGCCCGAUAGUUUUGGCGUAAGAACUGUCCGGCUUGGCACAGGAAAGAUCGAGCAGCUGGAGAGGGAUUUACAGAUUUCUAGCGAGUUUUGGGAAGCUGGGAACUGUGGUGAUGAUUGGAGCUCUUCUCAGCAUCAAACUGGCUCCAAAAUCCAGGACGAAAGAGUCGAUGAGCAGGAUGGAAAGAUCUACGUUCCACAGGAAGCUUUUGCGACCUUGGAAUUUGUUGGCACCACUUUGCAACUUAGGGGAUCUCAUCGAGUUUGUCAGCCUCUACGGGACAGCGAUGGAAACAUCCUCGUCUACAAUGGUGAAGUGUUUGGAGGCUUGGAAGUUCUUCCAAGUCAGAACGACACCGAAGUUUUGCUGGAGAGGCUUGGAAGAUGCGAUUCGAGCUUUGGAGUUUGUCAAGCGUUGUCUCAAGUAAGAGGUCCCUGGGCCGUAAUCUACUUCCAGGCCUCCACUCGGACAAUAUGGUUUGGACGUGAUGUCUUUGGAAGGAGAAGUCUUCUCGUGCAUUGGCCUUCAGUGGACGAUCCACGGUUUCUUCUAUCCUCCGUAGCUCCCUGUGACAACGAGAAGCUGUUCUACGAUCCUUUUACUUUCUGGAAGGAACUUCCCUGUGGGAUUCACAGUCUACAACUUAGCAAUGGCGAAGUUCUCACUUGCAAGGGAGAGAUAAGAACUCACAGAUGGGAGGAUCCACUUCUAGACAAGCUGAUGCUUUGGGACCGAGCUCACUCAUCACCGUCUUCUUUUUCUUCUUCGGCAGCUGUCGAACUCGCUCUGACUGCAUUGAAGGAAUCUGUGGAGAGGCGUCUCGUUAACAGCAGAAUGAACGUAAAACAGAGCAGGCCAGAAGAUGUGGAGACUCCUGUGGCAAUCCUCUUUUCCGGAGGGAUCGAUUCGAUGAUUUUGGCUGCGCUUACUGAUCAGUGCCUGGAUCCUGCUUAUACCAUUGACCUUCUAAAUGUUAGCUUUGAUGGUCCAUCGGCACCGGAUAGAAUUUCUGCGAUCGCUGGCAUUGACGAACUUCGAAGGAUUUCGCCCUCACGCAAGUGGAGACUUGUUCAAGUCGAUGAAGACAUAGGCACAAACGAGAGUACAAUGUUUUCUCUUAUAUGUCCUUCAGAAACGUACAUGGAUCUAAACAUCGGAACAGCUCUUUGGUCUGCUGCCAGAGGAGAAGGAGCCGUGGAAGAUCACAACAAAGUCCGCAUUUCUUACAAGUCAGCAGCGAAAGUCGUGCUUGUUGGAGCAGGAGCAGACGAGCAAUGUGGUGGCUACUUGCGGUACCGCACAAAAUUCAAGCUCGGAGGAUGGGAAGCGCUGGCAGCGGAGAUGAGGCUGGACAUGCAGAGGCUGUGGAAACGAAACCUGGGACGAGACGAUCGCUGCAUUGGAGAUCAUGGAAAGGAGGCUCGGUUCCCAUUUCUAGACGAGAAUGUGAUCCAAACGUUCCUGGAUAUCCCUCUGGAAGAAGUUGUGGAUCUCAGACAAGAUCUCGGCAUCGGCGACAAGAAAAUCCUGAGACAGGUUGCGAGGUCACUAGGACUUUCUCAAAGCGCCAGUCUUGCAAAGCGUGCAAUACAGUUUGGCAGUGGCAUUGCCAAAAAGUCCAACAGGCGCGACUUUGGGAGCAACCGAGCCGCAAACAAAGCCUCGGCUGGAAGCGUGAAGCUCGCGAAUCUGGAAUGAUAUGUUCAUCCAUGACAAGUUUGCGAUUUCACGGAGUAAGAAAAUAUGGCCAAGGAUAAACUGGAAGUUCGAUUGAUCCGGAAGAACUGCAAAGAGAAAGUGUUCAUGAUAAAAAGAUUAAGAGCUAAACUAAGCAAGUUUAACCAAAACCCA